GUAUAUAUGUUUGCGGGUGUUUGUUUGUGUGGGGGUGGGGUGUGUGGUUGAACUCUCCGGUGUGUGUGUAGGCGUGUAUUUAGUUUGGUUAAAGAACCCAUUGACGGAUGUGACAAGCAGUUGUGAAGUUAGGAAUCAAACCUAUACAAUGCUUUACCGUAUGAUAUUAUUUUGUACUGUAUAAAUAAUGGCACAGUACGGUUAUUCUGUUUUGGGAACACAGUCAGACGAAAAGUUGAUUUUACCUGAAUCUUCAAGUCAAAAUCAGAAUUCUGCUUUGAGUUCGGACUUCACCCCUGAACUUUUCAACAUUCUGUAUUGCGGCAAAGACACAAAUGGUAGCGAGGAAACGAAAACUCACGAUGCAAUGGAAAUUGUUAGAGAGUUCGUAGUGAAUGAUUUGCAAAAAUGUAAUGUUGAAAACUCGCCCAUGUGUGGUAUUCAAAACCUUGACUUUUUACCCGAAAAUGUGUGCUCCAUUCCUGAAGUAAUUAGUCCAGUUACUCAUAUUGAAAUAAUCAAGUCUGGUAGUAGACGUGUUACUGGUGCUAAUCGUGUAGUUCCCUUGUUAACAAGUGGAUUAAAAACUGGAAAACAGUCAUUUUCUGAUUCUAAAUUAUUUGAUAUAUAUAAAGCAUUUCUUAAUGAUUUAGGAAGUAAUGAUAAUAACAAAAAAUGCAUGAUAUGUCAUGAACUACUGUUGUCCUGUACCGAGCUGGAAUACCACAUCAGAAAUAUUCAUGCUGUAGAUGUUGCUGUGGAGCAGUGUUUUGUUUGCCAGGAAGAAGUUCAUUUUCCAUGAUCAUUAAGAAUUCAUUAAGCAGACCCACAGCAUAAAUUAGCCCCUGAUUUAAAUGCACAAAUAAUGUUUCAUGGAGUUCAAUCACUACUAGUUGAACAAGAAGGCUCAUGAGCGAAAAACAUAUGAAUCUUAUCAUGUCAAAUGUGACAACCAAGAAAUUUUCUCAGAAUACUUGAUACCGCAGAACGACCUGAAUGAACAUAUAUUUCAGGAGAAGCCUAAUGAAUUAAAAGUGUGUAGGAGAUUUUAGAAUUGAAGUGCAUUGAAUAUUCAUAAAAGAAACUCAUGAAAAUGAGCAUGUACAACUUGUAACAUGCAUUUCUUGAAUGACACCGACCUUUACUGCUUGCAUAUUAAAGAACAUUGUGAUGAUGCAUUCAUGACAUAACCUUAAGAAGAUUCGCGUGUUUAGGAUGAAGAGGAAGUCUCAGCUUGAAGAAAUGCCUUUCACCUAUUCAAAGUUUAACAUUUGGAGGCAAAGUUAACAUGACCUUAAAAAAUGUGGCAAAAUGAUACUUGUUGAAAAUUCAGUUUUGGAUUGUGUAAAUACAAUGCCAUUUCUACGGUAUUCACAAUUUUACUGACAUUGAACAUUCCAAGUAGAGAAAGGACAGAAUGUAGACUUUGUGGAAGAAGUUUCUCAGAUAAAGAAUUUAUAGAUCAUCGUAAACAAUUUCAUUUACGAAACAGAAACAUGUCCUUUUUGUGGCAAGAAGUAGAAGAUCAGUCAACCGGAACAUAUGCAUUCACAUAUUUUUGAAGAAUAAAAAUAGUAUUUCAAAACAGCCCAUUGCAACUGAAAAGGAAAUAACCCUAAUUCAGGAGAUCGUAAUGAAGGCUUGUUAAGUGUUUGUCCUCUGCAAAGGCGCAAGCAGACAAGAAAACAAUACAAGAUUAUACAGCGGCAAUAUUUGCUCAAGAAAGUUCUGUAUCCCGGCUCAUCGGAUAAUCACAUGCUGCAGCACAGUAAGGAAAAGUGUAACAAUUGGUCUUGCACUGUGUGUGGACAAGUGUUUUCUAACCCAGGAUUACUUCUGUCACAUUCAUCAGCACAUGAGACAGCUAUAGCAUGUCAAAUUUGCGACAAAUCAUUUUUGUCCCAGAAUGCUCUUCAAAUACAUCUAAAGACACAUUUUGGUGAAGCAAAAAAAGUCUUUAAAUGUAAUAUUUGUUCCUUAGAGUGCCCCUCUCUUUCACGGCUUCAAGCUCAUCGACGAUGUCACACUGGUGAAAGACCUUACACUUGUGGCCAGUGUCAUAGGAAAUUCAAGCGUCGCCAGGCUGUUAAAAAACAUAUACAAGUUGUGCACAACAGUGCUAGUUUGCUGUACCAUAAGUGCUCUCACUGCCCAAAAAUGUUUAACAGUUCAGGAAAUCUAGUUCGACAUUACCUUCGUGUUCAUUGCCAAGUUCGUCGCUUUAUUUGUGGAGUAUGUGGAUCUCGCUUCAGCCAGAAUCAAGACCUACGUCGGCAUUUUAAGGUUUCUCAUGAAAUUGAAAUGCCUAACAUCAAUGGUUCAGAUAGGAAAGCAUUGAGAGAGAUUUAUGUCAUUCCUGAUAUUGAUGAUUUAUCAGAGACAAAUCCUCAUGCUAUAAAAAUAAGAGCAAUAGUUGCUGAAGAGAAAGCAAAAUUUAAUAGAUUAUCUGAGCUUUUAGCAAAUAAAAUGAUUGAUAAAGAGGAUCCAUCUACUGAGUCAAUGAAGGAGUUAAUUCAAAGUUUUUCUAGUAAGGGAGGUGAAGAAACAGUUGGUGUAUUGGAAAAAUCUACAGAUGAUUAUGAUGUUGGAAAGAAAGGUCAGAAAAGUUCUUGUUCGGAACUUGCAGGAGGAUCACCUGCUGAACAUUAUGAAUUCAGAAAGUCGGUCAUAAGUGAUUCAAGUGAAGAGAAAUUAUACUUGUGUGAAUAUUGCAACAGAAAUUUCCCUGGGGAAAAUGAAUAUAUGGAACACAUUGCAGAACGAAGUAAAUCAUAUAUGUGUAAACAAUGUAGUUCUGUUUUCUGUGAUCAGAUACAUCUCAAUGAUCAUAUAAGUUCUGAACAUAAUAUUUUGCAAAGCAACAUAGCUGUAAAUGAUCUAAGUAGUGGAAAUUACUUAAAACACAUUCAUAAUUUAAAUGAUGUUCAGAUUAUACACUCCAUGUCAAAUGUUUCAAAUGAAUUACAAGAUCCAGCUAAUUUAAUUUCCAACAAUGAUAUUGAUAGUUCAAAAUCUGGACUGUCUUUACCUAGUGGUGGUGAUCUCAGUAACAUUUCAACUACACUGAACAUCAAUGGUAUUAUUCUUCAGAAUGUAAUAAUACAGUCUACUCCAACUGUUUUACAGUCAGUCCCCCUUGGAUUCCAAAACCAGGAAAUUGUGAACGCUCAGAUGACUCCGGUUGUCACGUUUAGUUCUCCUGCUGUUACUCCAAUGGACAACCAUUCAUUUCUUAAUGUAAAUGAUCACAGUCUCUCAGUUUCAACUUGUAUGGAUUCAACUAAUUCAGUUAUUGACCCAGAAACAAUAUUUGAUAAAGCGAAUCAGAAAAUUUUAGUUCCUGCUGUAAAUUAUACUGUUGAUGAAGUAAAACAUAAUGGAAGAGGAGAAAAUAUUCAAAAUAUGACUGAAGGAAAGGAACUGAAAAUUAUCACAAAUAAAUAUCCUGAUUUGAAUGAUGUAAAAAUUAAUGAAUCUAAGGAAACAAAGAAAAUAAAUUGUAAACACUGUGGAGAAAAAUUUCACAGCUCUUCAUCAUUAAAUCGCCACAAGAAAUCUCAUAGUGGUAGCAAAGAGUUUGGUUGCCCAGACUGUGCCAAGCGCUUCUCUGAGAGGUUCAACCUUAAGACACAUAUGAUGACUCACACAGGUGAGCGUCCGUACCAAUGUGAAGAUUGUGGGAAACAACUUAGGUACAGGAAAGAUGUUCUUGACCAUAAACGGAUGCAUUUAGGGGAAAGACCUUUCGAAUGUGAAGAAUGUGGGCGUAAAUUUAUUAGACAAAGAGAAUUAAAUCGUCACAAGGUGAUCCACUCUGGUGAAAAAAAGUAUGAAUGUCCCAUUUGUGGAAAAAUGUUUGGACGCUUGGAUCAACUUAGAAAUGGGCAUUUACUAACUCAUUCCGACAGCAAUUCAUGUCCAAAGCAUAUCUGUAGUAUAUGCAAUAAAAGUUUUAAAUUGAAAUCACAAUUGAAACAGCAUAAAACUUUGCAUACAGGACUUAAGCCAUAUAAAUGUGAAUUGUGUGAAAAAUCUUUUGCUCUUGGAGUAUAUUUAAAAGCCCAUAUGCAAUGCCACAAGAAAAGAGACACUUACGUUCAGUGCCCAAAAUGCCCCCGACGAUUCACAAGUGAAGCAACUCUUCAGGUUCAUGACAGAACAUUCCAUUCAAGGCUGAAGAAAGGUUCAAAAACAUCUGAGAUUGUGAAGAAAGAAUCUCAUAAAAUUGGUGAUGAUACCAAUCUUCCCAAUGAAAAUAUUGGAAUUCAGAGGCAAUUAGAUAAGGACAUUGAAAUUCAUGAUGUUGAUUUGAGUAUGCUGGAUGCAAAUAAUUGUAAUGCUGUAAUAUUUCUUCAGAUGGUGCCAGAAGAAUUGUCUUUUGAUGUUGAUAAAGAAGACGUCGACGACGACAAAGAAGAAGACGACGACGACGAAGAAGACGACGAAGGAGAAGACAAAGAAUAA